AUGCCUAGACAUGAAGAUGUAACCAGCUUUUUGCAGCAGUCAGCAUCAUCUUUUGACCAGCAUGCAGUGUCUAAAUUCCUGAAGAUCAGGCCAAAGAUUCUGUGGGUUUUGGAAAUAUCAAUAGGUAUAGCGAUGUUAAUCUUAACAAUCUGGACAGGAUUUUUAUAUCUCGUCUGGUCAUGUUUAAUUUCGAUUUUAACUGGAUCUGUGACGUUGUCAGCUGCAUGUACACGUAACACAUGUUGGGUCAGAAUCUCACAAUUUCUAAACUGUUUCAAUGCCAUAGCAGCUGCUGUCUCCAUCCCAUUUCACUGUCUUGACAGUGAUGGUGUGACUCUAAUUCUCUUGGUUUUCUGUGAUGUUCUGGUCUUCAUCAUCUCUGUUAUUUUUGCCUCGUCUUCCUGUGACUGCUGCAGGAUGAAGUCAAGGCAUGUUGCAGUCAGUUACAUAAACAGAGAUGUGCCUUACAGGACUGAAAACAAUAUUGUGCUUCAAGGCCAACAAGGCCCUUUUGCACCUCCGCCAAACUAUGACCCAAGUCCUUUAGAACCUCCACCGAAAUACGAUCUGUAUCGUUCUGCACCUCUAGCAAACUACAACCCAAGUCCUUUAGCAACACCUCCAAAUGACGAUCCAAGUUGUUCUGCACCUUCACCAAAAUGCAAUCAGUAUCCUUCUGCACCUCCACCAAACUAUGAUCCAAGUUCUUCUGCACAUCCACUAAGUUAUGAACCAGGUCUUUCUGAACCUCCACCAAGCUACAAUCCAUGUCCUUCCGCACCUUCAGUGAACUAUUUUAGAGGCAAUUUCUAG